AUGUGGAACGCGGUGUGGGUACUCCUGCUCAUCACAUACCCACCGGUGCUCUCCUUCUCGUUUGCUGGGGUUGCACUCCAAAGCAACAAGGCAGCGAUUCGGAGAGCGGCGCGGAGGGUUUCGGUCGAGACGGCCGCGUCGUCUGCGGAGGCCGGGCCGCCUCCGGCAAUCGGCGGCGAUGGUCCUGCGAAUGACGGGAGCGCGGCGGCGGAGCUCGUGACCUCGCUGCUGGGGAAGAUCGAGGGCACGAACAGGGGAGUGGACUGCACGCCCGAACAACAGAAGGAAAUUGAUGGAAUCAUUGACCAGCUCAACACCUUGGGCGCGGACAAAGACUGGUUGAACGACAGCCGCGUCUUCGGCAACUACAACGUCGCGUACGUGAGCUCUGGCCCGUCGCAGCGGGGCAAUCCAGCGGGAGGCCGUUGGAGGGGCCGAGUAGGCCGCUCUCUAUUCAGGACGGAGGAGAUGUUUCAGCACCUCGUGGAGCCUACCACGGCGGUGAACAUGGUCGUCUUCAGGGCGUUCGGACUGCUCAAGGGGUGCGUCACCUUGCGAGGCGACUUUAAGGCAAUUCCGGACAAACCUAACUUUGUCAAGGCUUCCUUCGGGCCGCCGCUGAUAAACUUCCUGGGAAAACGCGGCCUGACGAUUCGGUCGGGGCCCAAGAGCAGCGUAAGGCUUGCGGCAACCUACGUGGAUGAGAGGAUUCGACUUGGGAUGGGUGGGCGGGGCAGUCUGUUUGUUUUCACGAGAGGAGGGGCCGCUGACACCCCCAACGCCGACGAUUGGAAGAUCUACGCCGCUGAGAGCGCCAGGCCGGUGAAGGCGAGAAUCUUGGGAGCUGCGGCGGCGUGCGGCGCCGUCGCGGCCGGUGCGAGGUUGGCGUUCGUUCCAGCCACCGCCCUCGCCCUCGUGUCCCUGGUGCUGGUGGCCACCCAGGGGGGAAUCAUCCGGGAUGAACCGGACAUAGCGUCGGCGUGA